AUGGCUAUAUGCGUUCUUACUGGAGUGCCUUUCACAAUUAGGCUUGCCGCUACUCUUGGGUCGAAGUCUACUUUCAAGAAACUUCCGAGACACUCUGUCAUGACUGCAGAUAUCACACAACUAUGCAAUCUUAUCGCCCAGCCUGCUGAACCUUUAGCUCUCCGAUUGUCCAGUAAUUUGUUAGUCGGGGCCGCGCGCGUGUAUAAAGCCAAAGAAGAUAUUUUUAUGUCUGAUGUAACGAUUUGCUUCAACUCUCUCAAACGCGUGGUACAAGAUUUGUGUUCUUCGAACUCGGCUGAAGCGCAGCUCCAAAUGGCGCAACCUACUGUUAGGACCUCUGCAGUUACAUUAGCCCACGAUCCUAAAGACUUUUUCGCCAUGGAUCUGGACAAUAUGGUUGUGAAUUGGGACGUGUAUUUGGACGUUGGAUGGUUCAUUAAUAAAGAUGGAACCGGUGCAAAUGUGAAUACUAAAAACGGUGAAUCAGCUGCAGGGAAGAGUGCAACAGGCGCAGGUCGACGACGAGCCGCCAACACAGAGGUGAUACGUGCCGAUACUCAUACCUUAGUCGAAAAUCACGACUAUUUACUCUCUUCUUCCGCCGACAUUUCUUGCGGUCAAGUUGCGCUAGAUAUUUCCUCUUCUCAGUUUGGAGGUGGCUUUGAUUUUGGCGACAGUUUUUUUGGUCCCAAUGGAGGUCUAGAUCUUGACGGGGAAAUUGAUGAUGAACUUGCUAGACAGCUAGGUACGGGUUGCAAUCUAGUACCUGGGAAUAAUACGAACAUGGGAAUAUCCUAUAUGGAUCCACCUGAUUUGGGCUUUCUUCUGGACGACAUGGGUCCUCCCUUUACUCAGGAACUUUCGCUACAUGCACCAUUUCAAAAUGAUCCGGAUGAUCACAUGGCUAUAUUGCCUUGCGAUCUUCAGUCGUCCAUCCAACCUGUUAUGGAACGAAGUCAACUUUCACCUUUUAGAUAUUGCACACCCAAACACGAUUCUCUUCAUAACGCACAACCUGACGACAUUCCUUUUGUUGUUCACACCGUCCCCAAGCAAGCUCCAAACAUUAAAAGGCGAUUUUGCGCACAUAUGGAUACGAGGAUAGAACUGACUGAUGAUGAAUUGAAGGCUGCACGCUUGCAGUACGUGGAACAACAGAUGCUCCAGAGGCGUGCUCUGGUGCAGAGGAAAUUUUCUAGGGAACAUAGAAGACUCAUAGAUGAUAUGUUGUGCGGUGUACCAGGAAACUUGCAUACCAAAACAUUGGUGGAAUUCUGGAAAAAUAACUUUAUGGCGCAGACAGAAGCACGAUCCCCUUUCUGCAUUGGAGAUCCUCGUCUGGAACGCCAGAAAUCACGCAUUCAGUCUAUGACGCCAAUCAAUAGCCCAAAUCGCUUUACAAAGCAAGGAGUAUCUCACGUUCCUGGAGAUUGGGAGGCAGAUGUUCAAAUGUACGAGGAAGAUGUCAAUGGGAUGGGAGCAGUUGAGUCUGCGAUGAACGCGAGAGGUAUGGAUUUCCGUCUCGAAGACUGUUCUCUCAUCGUAGAACUGUCGAAAUUUCAAGAAGCGACCUGGCCUCCCCAAAAUAUUCGCUCGUCUGAAGAACCUGGUCAAGCACGUCGAAUCUCUCACGCACUCCCAGGAGACGUGAAUCAACAAUUUUCUCUGAGCUCUGCUUCAAACGAGCUUCCUUGGAACAAUGCUGCAUAUAGCUCUUCUAUAUCUGGGGCGGUACACAAGCAUGGACGCCAGAGUAACGACAAAGUAAAUAUCGAGCAUCAGGACGUCCAUAUAAGGUUGGGUUCUUUGGGCCGAGAAAGGGAAUCGUCGAUUCUAAGUCGAACAGAAAAUGCUGCAUAUAUGGAUAUAUGCUCUGCCGUCCCAAGGAGCUCCCAACUGAGCACAGAUGAAGACUUCGUAUUUGAUGUUCCUGGUGAACACCCACUAUCAGAGCUCAAGUUGCCUGAUAUGAACAAUAUUACUUUGGAGAAGGAUUCUGUCAAUUUCUUACUGUAUGCGAAGACGCUGCCUCUUUCUGUUUCAGGUUCCCCUCCUGCGAUUCUGUUUGAUGUUGCUGUUCCAAAGGCAACAAGCACCGUUCGCGUUGCCGCUGCCGCAUUGUACCAUUGUCUAGUGUUGAAUACGAAAGGUCUUAUACGUCUACGCCAAGAUAGAGCCUAUGGCAGAAUCAUGUUUACCAUAAAGUGUUUGUUUCUCGGAGAAUGGAGCUAG